AUGGAGCCAGCCUGGCGAGCACAAGGUAGGGGGCGCGGACGAAAGCAGGAUGCUCCAGGAGAAAGACUGCGAGAGAGGCCGGGAAGUGGUGCGGGAAGAGGAAGCGUUGUCGCAACAGUUCGGCCUGACGCACAACACGGGGCAUCCAAGUUUGAUGAGAUCCAAAAGGCUGACCGGGCUGCCGCACGGCGGUUGGUGGAGCGCCACGCUAGCUGCUCUUCUGAGGAUGACGAGGAGGAUGAUGACGACGAGCACAAGGACUCCCGUGUCCUGGAGUCUACCUUCAACACAUAUGCCACCCAUACUGGCGGCGACGUCACAGGGCUUGAAAGAACGGGUCAGUACGUCAGCGAGCUCUUCCAAUCCGGAGCACUCACCUGCCUCAUCUGCAUCGCCUCUGUCAAGAGGACUCAACCGGUGUGGAGUUGCGCCAGCUGCUUUUCCCUGUUUCAUCUCCCGUGCAUCCAAAAGUGGGCCAGGGAUUCGGUCUUCCUGCUCUGCUCGGCUACGGACGAAGACUUCGGCCGCCAGCAACAUCCAUGGCCCUGUCCCAAGUGUCGGGCCGAGUACUCCCACGCAGCCACGCCCAACAGGUACAUGUGUUAUUGCGGGAAGCUUCAGGAUCCGCCAGCUGAUCCCUGGUUAGCACCUCACUCGUGUGGCGCGGUUUGUCACAAAGAGCUGAAGCCUUCCUGUGGACAUGCAUGUCUGCUGCUGUGUCAUCCCGGUCCUUGCCCGCCGUGCCCCAAGAUGGUGUCUGUUUCCUGCUUGUGUGGCAAAGCGAAGCCCCUCCCCCGGCGCUGUAGCAACAAGGGCUGGUCGUGUCAGCAACCUUGUGGGAAGUUGUUGCCAUGCCGACAGCACAAAUGUUCCCAGCCGUGUCACUCUGAGUGUUCACCCUGCCCCAAAAUCAGCGUUCAGAAGUGUGUGUGCGGUCGGGAGAAGGCGGAGAGACCUUGCGCCAGCCCAGAGUGGAAGUGUGAACAGGUGUGUGGCGCCAUCCUCUCUUGUGGAAAUCACACAUGUGAGGUCGUGUGCCACAAUGGACGUUGCCCUCCUUGCCCCCGCUCUCUGAGCAGGACAUGUCCCUGCGGCAAGACCAAGUCCAGUUUGCCGUGCACUGAGGAAGUGGCGCUGUGCGGCGAUACGUGUGAGCGCCCCCUGUCUUGCGGGAAGCACACCUGCUCCAUGAGGUGUCACCGAGGGAGUUGCGAGACCUGCCGACAGGAGGUGGAGAAGGAGUGCCGUUGCGGUAAAUACCGGAAACUGAUGGCGUGUCACAAGGAGUAUUUAUGCGAGUCCAAGUGUUCAAAAAGCAGAAGCUGCCAGAAACAUCCCUGUCGGAGGAAGUGUUGCCCCGGCAACUGCCCUCCGUGUGACCAGAUCUGCGCUCGGACUCUGGGGUGUCGCAACCACAAAUGUCCGUCAGUGUGUCACCAAGGAAGUUGUUAUCCGUGUCCAGAGAUGGUGGAGGUCAAGUGCUCAUGCGGCGCCACCUCCUUGACGGUGCCGUGUGGACGAGAACGGAGCACCAAGCCUCCUCGCUGCAAGGAGCUCUGCAAGUCUCCACCUUCCUGCCACCACGCAUCCAGAGCUCGCCACCGCUGCCAUCCCGGGUCUUGUCCCCCUUGCACGCAGCCCUGCCUGCUGCCUCUGGUUGGCUGCGCGCAUUCUUGCCCGCAACCCUGCCACGACCUUGUGGUGCUAAAGUCCCAGCAGGUGCAGUUGUCCGGUCCCUGGGAGCAACCAUCGGGACCGGCGUUUGUGACCAAAGCCCUGCCCUGUCCGCCAUGUCAAGUGCCGCUACCAGUAGCCUGUUUCGGAGAACACGAGGUGAGCGCAGUACCGUGUUGCCGCCAGGACCGCUUCUCCUGCAAGAGACCGUGCGGACGACCCUUAAACUGUGGCAACCACACGUGCGGCAGGGAGUGCCACCUGCUGGACGGCAGCGACAAGUGCGACGACUGCGAAGAGGGUUGCGCCAAGCCUCGGCCGGGCCUUUGCCCCCACAGCUGCCCGUUGCCUUGUCACCGAGGCGACUGCCCUCCGUGCCGCCAGAUGAUCCGCCAACGUUGCCACUGCAAGAUAAGCACGCUCUAUGUGGAGUGCACGAAAAUGACGGCAGCUGAUGAGGAGACAGUGGUGGCGAUGGGCUCGUGCAACAACCAGUGUCCAAAAGAGCUGAGUUGUGGUCACCGCUGCAAGCAGGUGUGUCAUCCAGGAGCUUGUGUAACCGAAUGUCACCAGAAGGUUAAGCUGCGAUGUCCGUGCAGGAGGAUCAAGAAGGAGUUAGCGUGCGCGCAGUCGUCAGGGUGUGUUGUCAAGUGUGACGACAACUGCAGGGAACAGCAAAGGAAAGUCAGCCAGCUGAAGGAGGCGGAGCAGAAAGCUGCUGAGGAAGAGGAACAGCGGAGACUUCAGGAGGAACUGGAGGCGUUCGCCAAGCGCCGAGGGGGCCGUCGCACCAAGAAGCGAGGGCGGCGUGAUGAGGAGGACCUGGAGGACGGCAGCCGGGCGGGGCGCUGGAGGUGUGCCGCCCUGAUUUUGGUCCCGCUCGGCGGUGCCAUGCUCUCGCUAGUCGCUUACCUGCUCCUUGGUGCAGACGGCGGGGGGAGCAUGUUGUGA